CCUACCCUUAACGGUCACGAACGGCAGUUCCACCCUGGAAACAAUUUUAAAUAUUGCAAUUAUAUCCGAUUUCUUCGGGACAUGUAGCACUGCAGCGCCACAAAAAAAAACUUAAAUUUAAACCUUCGAAGAUAGACUCUCCUUUCGAAAUAAGCACUACAUUUAGUAAAAACAAACCGUGGCCGUCGCGGUAUGUCGUGCGAAGAGAGCUACUUGGCUAUCAUACGCUAUCUGACUGAUGAGCGGGAGCCGUAUGCGCCGGGAACUCAUGGAAAUACCAAAAGGAAGAUACGAAAGGCAGCCGCCUGUUAUGUGGUGAGAAACGGGACCUUGUUUUAUCAGCGACGGCUUAAAGGCCAGAAAGAUUUCACGGAGUUGGAGGUUGUGUUACAGGACGGACGGAGGAAGGAACUUAUUGACCAGGCACACGUUACUGAAGGAGGAGAACAUGUUAACCAACAAUUCACUUGGGAGUCCCUUUCUCAAAAGUACUGGUGGAGAGGUAUACUGAAGCAUGUGAAGGACCACAUCAGAGAGUGUGCGCGGUGUCAGAGCAGGCGAAAUGUAGACGAUGGCUCUGGACUGCGGCCUGGCAGGCGCAAGAUGGUUGUAAUGAAUGACGACGAUGUUAAGGAGGAUGAAGAGGACAAUGAGGAGGAGGAAGAGGAAGAUGGCGAUGAGGAGCUAGACUUUGGCACUUAUAGUCAGCCUAGAUCCAAGGUGGCCAAGACAGUGGCCAAGCAUGAGCUUGUCUUCCUGGAUAGCAAAGGGGAGGUGAACCAGUUUUUGCCCAAACAUAGCCGGACAAUGUUAAACAAACUCAACCAGCAGCGCCUCAACAAUCAGUUCUGUGAUAUCACCCUGCUAAUUGAAGGAGAGGAGUACCGGGCACACAAGGCUGUAUUGGCAGCCUGCAGUGAAUACUUUAAUGAGCUCUUUGUUGAAAAGGGUGCUGUGUCCACACAUGAGGCUGUAGUGGACCUUUCUGGUUUUACCAAGGCCAGCUUCCUACCUUUGCUGGAUUUCUCUUACACCUCCUGCCUGACUUUCAACUUCUGUGUAAUGGCAGAUAUUGCCACCCUAGCACGUCAUUUGAUGAUGGCAGAGGUACUUGAGAUAUGUGAGUCUGUGCAUAAGCAGGUGGAGAAGAAGAGGCUCACAGUCUAUCAAAGGGGUGAUGUCCACACUGUUGUGUCAAGUCAACUAGCUCAAGACGCCAUCAAAGAGGACCCUGGGGCUUAUAUGGUUACUAUACAGAGUGAUGGCCAGACAGUAGUCACCCACACAGGUGUGGCAUUAACAGAUGAAUCAUUGGCUGUUGUCACACACCCAAGAGAGGCUUAUAUAGACCAACCCAUGGCAGUGGUCCCCCAGGCUGGGGAGGGUGUUGCAGGGCAAGCCAUGGCUGUAGUUGCCCCCAGUGAGGAGGCUGGACUAACCGAAGCUGUGACUCUUGUCACUCAUGGUGGACAGACUAGACCUGGACAAUCCGUGAUGCUCAUCUCGCGCACAGCAGAUGGAGUAGAAGGGGAGACCAUGACUGUUGUGACCCAUAGUGGACAAGCAGGGGCUAGUGAAUCCCUUGCUGUAGUUUCAGCUUGUCUAGCGAUGGAGCAACCACAGGAUGCUGAGGGUGCUUUGGAAGCAGGGGCCUUCAUCAUUAAUGUGGACCCAGACAAAGUGACCCCUUCAGAAGUGGUCAAGCUAGAAGCUGCUGCAGCCCCACUGGCAGAGACUGAAGUAACGCCACUGCCCCAGGAGGCGACCUCAGUGCCUCAGAUGGUAGAAUCCACAUCAGCCCAGGUCCAGGCUACACCCCUGAAACGAAAAAGGGGACGUCCUCCCAAGGAGAAGAAGGUGAGUAUGGUGGAGUAUGUGGUUCCAGUGGAGGAAGAGCCACAGUCCCUUAGCCCCUCUGCUGAGGAAAGCCAAGGAGAAAGGCAGGAAAAGACAGUAGAUGACCCCAACAAGAGACGCCUGAGACAGCGCUCAAUAGGCGAGGGUGGUUAUGCACGUCUACAUAUGGGUCUUGAAGAGGAGGAGGAGGACAAGAAGGGGCUGGCCCCACAGCGUGCCACCACUGCAAAGGUGGGCCUAAAGCCUGGGAAGAGGGGACGGCCCCCAAAGAAACCAGUGGAGAGCCAAGUAGAGGGACAGGCCUCAUCCAAGGCUGGACCAGAUCCAGAGGGCAAAACGGUAGAGAGUAUAGCAGAGAGUGAACCUAUCACAGAGGAAACUGCGACUACGGAACCUGUGGCAGAGCCAGACAUCGGAUCCAAGCAGGAUGGGACCCAAGGAGACAGCACUGUUGAUGGAGAGCAUGCAUGCUCAGAGUGUGGUAUGUCCUUCCAUAGACGCUACGCUCUCAUCAUGCAUACUUUAAAGCAUGAGAAAGCUCGUGGAUAUAAGUGUAGUCUGUGUAGUAAAGAGUUCCAAUAUGCUGCCUCACUGCGUGCCCACCUUGCUAGGCACAAACAGCAGAGUAGCCAACGGGCACCCAUUGCCAAGCCCAUGUUAGAGCAAAGCUCUGAGGGCGACAUGGAUGACAAGAAUGCGCGCACCAAGAGAGAGUUUGUUUGUGACAUCUGUGGAAAGACACUGCCAAAACUCUACUCUCUCCGUAUCCACAUGCUAAAUCACACUGGUGUGCGGCCUCAUGCCUGCAAGGUCUGUGGCAAGACCUUUGCCCACAAACACAGCCUCAAGAUGCACAAAGCACUUCAUGAUGUCACCAAGCAGUUCCAGUGUGAAUAUUGUAAUAAAUCGUUUGUAAGCAAGAGGAGCAUGGAGGAACACACCAGUCUUCAUACAGGUGAGUCAAAAUACCUAUGCAACACAUGUGGAGCAACGUUUCACCGAGCCUCGGCCUUGAGCAAGCACUUAAAGAAGCACCAGCCCAAACCUGAAGUGCGUCCAUUUGCUUGUUCUCACUGUGAUAAGAGCUUCUAUGAGGCCAAAGAUCUCCAACAGCACAUGAACAAGCACAUGGGCUUGAAGCCCUUCCAGUGCCAGGUGUGCGGGAAAUGCUAUAGCUGGAAGAAAGACUGGUACUCCCAUGUCAAAUCCCACAGUGUGGCUGAGCCCUAUAAGUGUAAUGUGUGUGGGAAAGAGUUCUUUGAGAAAGCCCUGUUCAGAAGACAUGUGAAGAAAGCCACCCACGGGAAGAAGGGCAGAGUAAAGCAGAACCUAGAGCGGGAAUGUGAGCACUGCGGGAGGAAAUUUACCCAGCUCCGAGAGUACCGACGCCACAUAAACAACCACCAAGGAGUAAAACCUUUUGAAUGUCUGACGUGUGGUGUUGCCUGGGCAGAUGCCCGUUCCCUCAAACGUCACGUCCGCACUCAUACAGGGGAGCGGCCCUACGUGUGCCCCAUGUGCCAAGAAGCUCACAUAGAUGCGCGUACUCUACGCAAGCACAUGGCUAAAUAUCACGGCGAUAAUUUGCCAGGAAAGAUCAUGCUGGAGAAGGACACGCUCCAAUUUCACAAUCAGGGUACCCAGGUGGAACAUGCUGUCAGCAUCCUUGCAUCAGACCUGCCCCCCGAACUCCGCCCUGCUCAGCCGCCAGGCUCAGAAGAGAUUGAGACGGUGCUGAUCACAGAGGAGACGGUUGAGGCUGAGGAAGCAGUGCAGGCUGUCCAGGCUGUGGGCGACGGCUCUGUGACAACGCUGUCAGAUCAGAGUAUCAUGCAAGUUGUGAAUUAUGUUCUGGCCCAGCAGGCCAUAACGGGGGGUAAGCUGGAGGAGGCUCCCGAGGUCAUUCAGACCAUGGAGGUAGAGGUGGCCCAUGUAGCAGAAGUGGAGUGACUUUCUGCCAGGCACCGGGAAUCACGCAACUGUAAUUAUUUUCUGUAUCAAGUGUAACAGAAUGUUGAAAAUGCUUAUUUUUACUGAAUAUGUACAUAAAUUAACUAUGAUAGGGAUGUUUGUUAUGAACUCGGCCAAACCGUAUUUCCUUGUCAGUCCGUGUGUGUAUGUCGAGUGUGCUAUUGCACAUCUGUACAUUGUGUGUAAAAAGCUGAAUUUAACAAUUUUGAAUUGCUGCAUAUACAAGUUAAACCACAGUCAAAGCUCAGGAGAAAUAAAAGUUUUAAGAUUAUCAGUUAAGAUGUAAAAUUUUCUUCAGGUGUGUGGGUUUUUUCCCUGUGUCUGUUCUUGCCUUAGUUCUCUUAUUGGCCACAUAGUAAAAGCUAGGAAGCUCCAAUCAUAAACCAUUGACCCUUUAGCCAUUUUGGCUCUUCUCCCUGGUUUCUUGUGCAAGGUUGAAGGAUAAUACAA